GAGCGCCGCCUCCUCCGGCCGCGCCGCGCACGCCGGGACCGGCCCUGCCCGGCCUUGCCCAGCGCUGCUGCCCGGGCUCGGCCCCGGCCCCACCGGCACCAUGCAGGAUCCAAAUAAAGACACGGAGUGGAAUGACAUUCUGCGCAAGAAAGGUAUCCUUCCUCCAAAGGAAAACCUGGAGGAGCAGGAACGGGCAAAGGAAGAGGAGCAGUUUGCCAUCCUUCAGAAAUCUCUGGUGAAAACUUAUGAGGACAUGACUCUGGAAGAGCUCGAAGAGAAUGAAGAUGAAUUUAAUGAGGAAGAUGAGAGAGCUAUUGAAAUGUACAGGCAGCAAAGGUUAGCAGAAAUGAAGGCAGCUCAAAUGAAGAAUAAAUUCGGGGAAGUUUUGGAGAUUUCGGGAAAAGACUAUGUUCAAGAGGUUACAAAAGCUGGAAAAGGUAUAUGGGUUGUCUUACACCUCUACAAACAAGGAAUUCCUCUCUGUGCCUUAAUAAAUCAGCAUCUGAGUGGGCUUGCAAAGAAGUUCAGAGAGGUGAAAUUCAUCAAAGCGAUCUCUACCACCUGCAUUCCCAAUUACCCUGAUAAGAACCUGCCCACAAUAUUUGUGUACCUGGAGGGAGACAUCAAAGCUCAGUUUAUUGGUCCUUUGGUGUUUGGUGGCAUGAACCUGACAAGGGAUGAAUUGGAGUGGAAGAUUUCUGAGUCGGGUGCCAUCAAGACAGAUCUCGAAGAGAACCCCAGGAAGCAGAUCCAGGACCAGCUUAUGUCCUCAAUCAGAUCGUGUGUCCCAGCCAGAGGGGAGAGUGACUCAGAGGAUGACUAAUUCCUGCGACUGCAUCCGCAUUGAUGCAGUGCACUUGCAGCCAGUGUUCCCACCUCAAGCACUGGAGACACUCCUCAAGGCCUUGCUGAGCCCCAGAAGGGUAGCCUUUCAAGACAUUCAUUCUAGAAACCUCUAGAAACUAAAAACAUUUCUGUUUUUUAAAAAGUGCAGCUUCACUUAAGAUGCUGAAAGACAUUUUGUAUAGUGAAGCCUGAGUAAAUCUUACUCAAAAGUUUUAAAAUAUAGACAUGAGUAGAAACAGGUCUCUUGUUAUUAUUUUAGUAGUAAAUUGCUACUUUUUUCAAAAAAUUGAAAUACGAAGUGGUCUUAAGUGCACUGUUAUUAACAAACUUAAAUUGUACAAAUUGGAUCUAAAUGGCUGUUCUUAAAUAAUUACUUAUGGCACUUAAAUGGGCCAUCUCUCAGCCCCCUGUGCUCAAACCUCUGACAGCCUGGACUUCUCAGAGAGCUGGGGGAGGGUACCCACGAUGUGGGUGCUUCUGAAGGUGGUAUGUGGUCCUCUGCAGAGAUGUGCUGGCACCAGAGGGACAACAUGAGGCUAUAAGCUGGGAUUCCAGGCUUCUUGAGAGAGGCCUGGAGGAUGGCCAGCCUCUCCUGGGACCUGCUGAGUCCAGAAUCCCACUUUUGAGUUAGCAGCACUAUUUUGCCUUUCAUAAGGGCUGAGCUUCCUGCACCAUCUUGCCUGCUAAUUGCAGAAUAAAAUUCAAGAUGGUGGUUCUUAAGUGUGAAACUGCUGAUUUCUUCACACAGAAGUCAGGUGUUUCUACAGUAGUGCCAUUUCCAAAAGGCCAGGAGGAUGAUGUUUGAGGAUCUGACAUCUUGCUAUAUUAAAGACUUUCAUUUUCCAGCUACAGUAAUAAUAACUGAAGCCGUAGAAGAGCAUAAACUUAAAUGCCACCUUGAUUAUAGAUCUGCUAACACUUGAAGCUGCUUGAUUAUUUUGGGUUGGAUUUAAUGCCUACCUACACUUUCAGUUGGUCUACACUCAGGCUAAUGAUCUCCAAGAGCUUUUGCUAGUGAGGCUGCCCCAAUGACAUUUUGUUAUAUUGCUGAUGGAUUCUUUGGGUGGAUGGUACAGAAUGCAAUGCCCAGUAAGCACUGAUAUUUUCAAUUUUUUUUUUAUCAGUUUGUACUGACUUUCAAACAUGAUUCCUGCACUCUGAGACAAAUCAGUGUGUAGUCCAAACAACUAACUGUUCCUUCAGGCGAGGUUGUAAGAUCCUGAUGAAGAUCUUCCUCUUUGAGAUGUGAAUAAUGAUUGGAGUCUCACUUGUCUCCUUUCUUUUCUCCUAUGUGUUUUUUGGCAGAAUAGCUAAAAUACUAAUCUUGUGCAAGUAAGUCAAAUGCAGCACAACAGAAACUGAUAAAUCCUGAUUAUUAUUACAUAGCAGCACUCUUCUCAUGACAUGGGACUAUCCCAAAUGCUCUCAGAUUUGAUGCUUCACUGUGUUCACCUACAGCUUCAUACUGUCUAGGAAAAAAACCUCUUCCUCCCCGUAGAAGCCUACACUGCAUAUUUUGCUUCUUUAGCUUGUUCACAUUGAAUUGUGCUUUUGAGUGACCUCUGAUCACAUGGACUGCAUUCCUUUUGGAGGAAACUAGAGGAGCUAGGGGUGAAUAAGAAGGAGAGGUGGGACUUCAGACUGUUUCCUUUGCAGUCUCUUCUUCCAGCAGGGUUUUAAAACCAUACCUGCCUUCCCCUUUUGUGUGUUGUCUAAUGGGAUUUUUUGAGCUCUUGGACCACUGAGAGGACUGAGGUUCUGAAGAGGACCAGGGCUGCAUGUAGGUUGUCCCAGGCUGCUUAGCUGUGGGGAGCCAGAUAUCCUGUGCCUGGGAAUGGUAACUGCCACCCCAGGUAGUAGUUUUGUCUUUCCUGGAAAAGAAGUGGGCCUGGUCUGCCUGGGAGGUUUAUGCAGAAGAAGGGGGAGAGUACCUGCUCCCUGCUGUCAGGGCUAUAGCAGGGGCUGCCGUGCAGUUUCAUAGCUAGCUGUAUUUUGGAACAGCAAUACAGGACAAAUGGAGACAUUUUGAUCUCUAUCUUUUAUCCUUAACUGCUUAAUCUGCUGAAAUGUUGGGAGGAUGUCACUGGAGCAUGCCAUACUGAAAGGGGCAGAUGUGAGAAUCCUCACAAACCAGAAGAGGCUGAAUCUCCUGCCCAGCUGAUGAGACCCACACAGAGCAUCAUUUCAAAUGGUAUCUAUGCUUCUCACUCUUUGGCUAGGUGUGAAAACAGCUUCUUGUAACGUUAUUAUUUUUCCUGCCAAUCAUAUUGCCGUGCUCAAGGCCUUUUGUAGAAAUUAGGUCUCUGCAGGAAACAGAUAACAAGGUCUGUUUAACCUUGUGGCAGAGCAGGAGCUGUGGAAACACAGUUAAGGGAAUGAGCUUUAGCUUAAAAGGAAGCUGGCUGCUAAAUAGCAAACCAAAACAGCCGAUUAAUAUACAUUGCAGAAAGGGAGAUACAAUGGGAAAAAAUAACUGGAGAGUAUGAACUCUCAUUUGCUAAGGCUUGGGGCACUGUUGCUAAAUGCACAUCAAUAUUUUUGCAGCCUGUCAACAAUUGGUGUCGGAUCAAUGCUCACUUUUCGUCGGUGUGAGAAGGGUCUUUCUGUCAGCUAUCAUGGGAGAAAUGAGAGGCAGUGGUCCUGUAAACAGUGCUGAGGCUUGUAUGAGUUACUGUCCUGCAUACUGCUGUGAGAGCAUCCCUGACUCAUCCCACACUGCAGCCAUGCCAGGAGGCGGAGUAACCCUGGGCCAUAGAUGGGGGCAGAUGAUUUGCCAUUAGUGGACAGUCACUCUGGAGUUUUUUGUGUGAAAUCUAAGUGCACCACUAGCAAUAAAGAGAUCUCUUCAUGGUGCAAGUCUGAAGUAUGGUGCUUAGCCAGGCCAUGAGUAGUUGCAUUAGGUUCAUGGCAGGUUGCCCUGAUCUGGAUAAGUUACCAUUCUGAUUUUUUAAUUUUUUCCCCCAAAUCUUUUCACAAUAUGGACUCCCCAAACCUGCAGGGCAGUGUUCUACAUCAAUUUCACAUGCAGAGGGACAGCCAGGUGUUACACAAGCAGGGCAAGCCAUGGUUAAGCUGGCAGUUCUCCAGGUACUGAAUCCAGCCAGGUCCCACAGUCAGGGACCUGUACGUAGGUGGAAUCAUCUGCAGGACUGUGGCUGCAGAAGGUGAAAUGAAAGAGAGUUCUUUGAAUGGCUCUGCUGUCCUGUACCUGUUUUGGCCAGGUCCUACUUUCCCAGGGUUCAGCUCAGCCUCUCCUGCCUCCUCCUUGUGGCUGUUCUAUCAGCUGCUUUCCCAAAUAUGCCCAGGUGGAUAUUUGAUUUGCCUUGUUGCCAGGAGUAAUUUAACUUAGGUGAGAUGACUCACUAUGAGAAAGCUGGGUGUGUGCAUCCAGCUCUGUUGGAUCAGUGCACAGGAUGGGCACACAAUGCUAAGCCACAACUUAGCCUGAUAUCUGAACAUUAGCAUUUAUGUUUGUAGAGUUCAUGAAGAAAGCCAUCUUGAUCUACAGCGAUUCUCAUGAAAGUUAAGGAGCACUUUUUAUUCCUGUUUUAAAAACUCAAGUUCAGAAUAAGUUGACUUUGUGUUCUGGAAAUCUGGGGAAGUUGAUCUGCUUUGCUCACAGGCAAUGAGAAAUGAAAAUUCUAGCAGAAAUGUCAGUAACUUGGUUUUGAGUCACUCUACUUUUGCAAAGGGGGUAAAAUCCCUCACCAUUAUAUAAACAUUUUGCUGCACAUUUGUUGGGAUUGGAUCAUGUCUAAAGAAACUUUACUCUCACUGAGAUCAAAGGAGAAUUCUCCCCUCUCAUUGUAAAACUAACAUAUUCCCUGUCAAUUGUUUGGAAGGCAGUUGAACUCAUUUCUCAUUUCUGAUUACAGCCCAUUAUAAAUCACUCCUCAUUUCAAUCUCAUUUAGUUAAUUCGGUCAUCAAAGGGUUGUAGGAGGCAUAAAGUAUUUUAUUGAUGUAUUUAGCUCUUAACAGAAUUAAAAAGAAAUAUUGAA